AGGCGGCGGCGGCUGCGGAGGCCGCGGCACCGGCACCGGGAGCGGCAGCAGCGGUAGCGGUGCGAAGGACCGCACCAAGGAGGGGAGCUCCGAGCCCCGGCACCCGGCCGGUGGCACCGCCUCCUCGACCCACAAUGACCCGCUGAGCCAAUCCAGCACUGAGAGGAGUCAAGCAGAGAGCACCCAUGGAGGGGCCCCUGGCAGGUGGCCUGGCCGCCCCAGAUCGUCCUCGAGGCCCAGAGAGACUGCCUGGCCCAGCUCCAAGGGAGGACAUCGAGGGUGGGGCCGAGGCUGCUGAAGGGGAAGGUAGCAUCUUCCGGUCUACCCGUUACCUGCCUAUCACCAAAGAAGGCCCCCGGGACAUUCUGGAUGGCAGAGGUGGCAUUUCUGACGGGCAGUCCCAUCCUGGCCUCAGCGAAGCCCUCCCCUGUGCCACCUCCGCCACCCAUCGGAUCAGCAGCUGCUGCUGGGAUGGAGGCAGCCUGGACUUCCAGCCAGGCUCCUCACCACCCCAUCUCCUGGGCCCUUUCCCUGGUCCCCCAGAUGGCCAGGGGCCCUGGGAGCACCCCCUGGUCCAGGAGGCCGGGGAGGGCAUCCCAUCUGAGCGGAGAUUCGAGGACUCAGUCAUUGUGAGAACCCUGAAACCCCAUGCUGAGCUCCAGGGCUCUAGAAGGUUCUUGCACCACCAGGGAGAACUGAAGCUUUUGGAAAAAGCCCCCCGGGGUCACCCCAGGUUUGACUGGCUCCAAGACACAGAUGAGCAGGAGCCCCCACGGGACUCAAGGCUGCACCUGGACCUGUCUCCUCAGCCACCACCCCUGGCCUCCUUCAGGAGGGUGAUUGUGCCGGUGGAAGAUACCUCCAAGACGUUGGACCUGGAGAUGGUGGGCACCAGAGAGGACCUGGAGGACCUUGAAGGCUUGGCCCAGCCUUCUGAGUGGGGCCUGCCGACAUCGGCCUCCGAAGUAGCUACACAGACCUGGACGGUGAACUCAGAAGCGUCUGUGGAGCGGCUGCAGCCACUGCUGCCCGCAGUCCGAACAGGGCCUUACCUGUGUGAGCUGCUGGAGGAGGUGGCUGAGGGGACGGGCAGCCCUGAUGAGGAUGAAGAUGAGGAGCCAGCCGUGUUCCCCUGCAUCGAGUGCAGUAUCUACUUCAAGCACAAGGAACACCUUCUGGAACACAUGAGCCAGCACCGCCGAGCCCCGGGCCAGGAGCCCCCCGCUGACUUGGCCCCCCUAGCCUGUGGAGAGUGCGGCUGGGCCUUUGCCGACCCUGCUGCCCUCGAGCAACACCGGCAGCUGCACCAGGCCUCCCGGGAGAAGAUCAUCGAGGAAAUCCAGAAGCUGAAGCAAUUUCCAGGUGACGAGGGCCGUGAGGCACGGCUCCAGUGCCCCAAGUGCGUUUUUGGCACCAAUUCCUCCAGGGCCUUUGUGCAGCAUGCUAAGCUGCAUGUGCGGGGCCAGCCGACCAAGGAGCCUUUUGGUGGUGGCAGCAGGGUUGGAAGCCCAGGCCCCGACGCCAGCACUCUCCUCUAUCCAACUUACGGAGCUGCUUCAGGCCUCAGUGCCUGUGUCUUCUGUGGCUUCCCUGCAUCCAGUGAGAGCCUGCUCAGGGAGCAUGUGAGGCUCCUGCAUGCUCAUUCCCACUGGGAAGAGGAUGGCGAGGCGUUUGAGGUGGACCCAGCCAGCCAGCCAGGCACAAGCCAGGAUGCAUACACCCGCUUCUCUGACAGCACCAUGGACUACUUUGGCAAAGCUGAGCCGCUCUUGGCCCCCGCGUGGCGGGAGAACCCUGUUGGAUAUGACCCCGACCUGGCCUAUGGCCCAGAUUGCCAGCAGCUGGGCAUGAGGAAUUUCUCACUGUCAAAGCCAAUCCCGCACGACUCAGGCCAGAGACCUCUUGGAAGGCUGGCCUUUCCCUCACCCCUGGCAUCUGCCCCCUACUCCAUACAGCUCAGUAGAAACAAAAGCACUGUCCACCUGCCGGAGCUGGGGGACCGUAGCCACCCUUGGAGUGAAGAGGAGGAGGAAGAGGAGGAUGAAGAUGUAGCACUGACUUCUGAAAUGGACUUUUCUCUGGGAAAUGAAGUCUUUCCACCUCCAUCUGUCCCCAGCCUCAUCCCCCAGCCAGCCCUAGAGCUGAAGCGGACUUUCCGAGAUGCCCUACAGGCAGCCGAGGGCUCCAGGGCACAACAGCAGCAGCUCCGAGGGAUGGUGCCCAUUGUUCUGAUGGCGAAGCUAGGGCCCCAGGUCAUGGCGGCAGCAGCUAGGGUACCCCCCACACUGCCACCAGAGGAGUUGGGGCUGCAGGGCACCCACCCCCUGGAUUUCCUGCUCCUGGAUGCUCCGCUGGGUGGUCCCCUCGGGCUAGACACACUCCUGGAGGGAGACCCAGCCAUGGCCCUGAAGCACGAGGAGCGGAAAUGCCCCUACUGCCCUGAUCGCUUCCACAAUGGCAUCGGCUUGGCCAACCACGUCCGUGGCCACCUGAACCGCGUGGGCGUCAGCUACAAUGUGCGGCACUUCAUCUCUGCUGAGGAGGUGAAGGCCAUUGAGCGCAGGUUUUCCUUCCAGAAGAAGAAGAAAAAAGUGGCCAACUUUGAUCCUGGCACCUUCAGCUUAAUGCGCUGUGACUUCUGUGGGGCUGGGUUUGAUACUCGGGCCGGUCUCUCCAGCCAUGCCCGGGCGCACCUGCGUGACUUUGGCAUCACCAACUGGGAGCUCACCGUCUCGCCCAUCAACAUCCUCCAGGAGCUGCUGGCCACCUCGGCUGCUGAGUUGCCCCCCAGUCCCCUGGGCCGAGAGCCUGGCGGGCCACCUGGCAGCUUCCUGACCUCCCGUCGGCCUCGCUUACCUCUUACCGUGCCCUUCCCACCCACCUGGGCUGAGGACCCUGGGCCAGCCUACGGAGAUGCCCAGAGCCUGACCACCUGUGAGGUCUGCGGCGCCUGCUUUGAGACCCGCAAGGGCCUGUCCAGCCACGCACGUUCCCACCUGCGACAGCUGGGUGUAGCAGAGUCGGAGAGCAGUGGUGCCCCCAUCGACCUCCUCUACGAGCUGGUGAAGCAGAAGGGCCUGCCUGAUGCUCCCCUUGGGCUGCCCCCAGGCCUAACUAAGAAGUCCAACUCGCCGAAAGAAUUGGUCUCUGGGGCUACCCGGCCAGGUCUCCUUGCCCUGGCCAAGCCCUUGGAUGCCCCUGCUGUCAACAAAGCCAUCAAGUCUCCUCCUGGCUUCUCGACCAAAGGCCUGGCCCACACACCCAGCUCUCCGCUCCUCAAGAAGGCACCGCUGGCCCUGACGGGUUCCCCUACCCCCAAGAAUCCUGAGGACAAGAGCCCCCAGCUGUCCCUGAGCCCCCGGCCGACCUCCCCAAAGGCACAGUGGCCCCAGUCUGAGGACGAGGGGCCCCUGAAUCUCACCUCCGGCCCAGAACCAGCUCGAGACAUCCGCUGUGAGUUCUGUGGUGAGUUCUUCGAGAACCGCAAGGGUCUGUCGAGCCAUGCACGUUCCCACCUGCGGCAGAUGGGCGUGACUGAGUGGUACGUCAAUGGUUCGCCCAUCGACACACUGAGGGAGAUCCUGAAGAGACGGACCCAGUCUCGGCCAGGUGGACCCCCCCACCCACCAGGGCCUAGCCCAAAAUCCCUGGCAAAGGUGGUGGGCACCGGAGGCCCUGGCAGCUCAUUAGAAGCCCGCAACCCUUCGGACCUUCACAUCUCACCUCUGGCUAAGAAGUUGCCACCACCACCAGGCAGCCCCUUGGGCCACUCACCAGCUGCCUCUCCUCCUCCCACGGCCCGGAAGAUGUUCCCAGGCCUGACAGCAACCUCCCUGCCUAAGAAGCUGAAGCCUGAACAAAUGCGGGUGGAGAUCAAGCGGGAGAUGCUGCCAGGGGCCCUUCAUGGGGAGCCGCACCCAUCUGAGGGUCCCUGGGGGGCGCCGAGGGAAGACAUGACACCCUUGAACCUGUCGUCCCGGGCAGAGCCGGUGCGCGACAUCCGCUGCGAGUUCUGCGGUGAGUUCUUCGAGAACCGCAAGGGCCUGUCGAGCCAUGCACGCUCCCAUCUACGGCAGAUGGGUGUGACCGAGUGGUCUGUCAACGGCUCGCCCAUCGACACGCUGCGGGAGAUCCUGAAGAAGAAGGCCAAGCCGUGCCUCAUCAAGAAGGAGCCGCCAGCUGGAGACCUGGCUCCUGCCUUGGCUGAGGAUGGGUCCCCCACAGUGGCCCCUGGGCCUGUGCAGUCCCCACUGCCAUUGUCGCCCCUGGCUGGCCGGCCAGGCAAACCAGGAGCUGGGCCAGCCCAGGUUCCCCGGGAGCUCAGCCUGACACCCAUCACUGGGGCCAAACCCUCAGCCACUGGCUACCUGAGCUCAGUGGCAGCCAAGCGGCCCCUGCAGGAGGACCGACUCCUCCCCGCAGAGGUCAAGGCCAAGACCUACAUCCAGACUGAACUGCCCUUCAAGGCAAAGACCCUCCAUGAGAAGACCUCCCACUCUUCCACCGAGGCCUGCUGCGAGCUCUGUGGCCUUUACUUUGAAAAUCGCAAAGCCCUGGCCAGCCAUGCACGGGCACACCUGCGGCAGUUUGGUGUGACAGAGUGGUGUGUCAACGGCUCGCCCAUCGAGACGCUGAGCGAGUGGAUCAAGCAUCGGCCCCAGAAGGUGGGCGCCUACCGCAGUUACAUCCAAGGCGGCCGCCCUUUUACCAAGAAGUUCCGAAGUGCUGGCCAUGGCCGUGACAAUGACAAGCGACCGCCCCUGGGGCUGGCACCUGGGGGCCUGGCCUUGGUUGGCCGCAGUGCUGGGGGGGAGCCAGGGCCUGAGGCUGGCCGGGCAGCCGACAGCGGUGAGCGGCCUCUGGCAGCCAGCCCACCAGGCACUGUGAAGGCUGAGGAACAUCAGCGGCAGAACAUCAACAAAUUUGAACGUCGGCAAGCCCGCCCCCCAGAUUCCACUGGGGUCCGGGGGAGUGAGGAGGCCAAUGACUUGCAUCAGAAGCUGGAAGAGGUGCGGCAACCUCCACCCCGGGUGCGGCCAGUCCCAUCCUUGGUGCCCCGACCCCCUCAAACAUCACUUGUCAAGUUUGUAGGCAACAUCUACACCCUCAAGUGCAGGUUCUGUGAAGUGGAAUUCCAGGGCCCCCUCUCCAUCCAGGAAGAGUGGGUACGACACUUACAGCGGCACAUCCUGGAGAUGAAUUUCUCCAAAGCAGACCCUGCACCUGAGGAGCCCCAAGCCCCACAGGCACAGACAGCAGCGGCAGAGGCACCCUAACAAAAGCAUUCCAGAUUUCCUCUUGUGCCACCUCUGUCUACUGUUUCUCCUCUAUGUCCUCUUCCCUCUCUUCCUUUCUUUUCCGUUUCCAAAGGAGCAAGCCAAAACCUCAAACCGGUGCCCCUCGGGGGCCGGGCACACUACAGAUGGGCGCCGGGAGCCAGCUAGCCACCCUUCCCCCAGCCUGAGGACUCUGGGGCCACAAGGGUGUCUUCCACAGGGGUAGCAGCCAGUCCCUGGUGGCAGCUGAUCUGUUCACAGGGGAGGACAGCAUUACCCCAUGUCUAGCAGCCAGACAGGGCUAUUUCUGCCAUCCAUGGCCAUUUGCAGAGACCCCAAAGACUCCCGUUCUGGUCCCCUUUUGUCCCCAUGAAUAUCCUCUCACACACGCACAUGCAAACAUACACGCACACACGCACCUCGUGAGACCCGGGAUCUGCCCUAGCCCCCCAGUUCCCGAGUUAAACGAUCACAUCAUGCCACGGUGCUUGCUCAGGGGAAACUACGCUCCCUCUGUUGACCCACUUGGGCCUGGGAGCCCCCGUUGAGCCCACAAUGCCACGGAAAUCCUUGUUGGUUGCCCCCCAGAGGGGCCUUCCUAGCUGGGGAAGAGCUCAGAGCUGACAGCUGCCUCCUGCCAUGUCAAGGCCCCCCAGAGCCUCAGGGGCUCCAGGGCCGGAGGGUGGGGGGGGAUGGGACUCUCCUCCCCCCAUCCCUCCCUCCCUCCCCCUUUUCACUGUUGCUUUCUAUGUAUAGCUCCCUAGAUCUUUCACUUUUUUAAAAACGCGUUUUGUGUAGAGAAGAAGGAACGUGGAUCUUUUUAUUUUGCAAUCCUGGGCCAGCUAGAUACCGGGAGCAGAUUGACCUUUUAACUUUUUUCAGUGGCCACCUUUUGGUUAUCGAUGUACCUAGAAGUAUGUAAAUUAGAUUAAAUUUCUCUUCUGGAAACACCCCGGG